GGCGGGCCGGAGGGUGACUGAGGGCGCUCAGCUCACAGCCCAUCGGCCCCCGAGACCAGCGUGGCCAUCUGCAGCGUCGCCAUGUCUUCGGUGUUCGGCAAGCCCCGAACGGGCAGCGGGCCACACAGCGUGCCCCUCGAGGUCAACCUGGCCAUCCUGGGGCGCCGCGGGGCAGGCAAGUCUGCCCUGACUGUGAAGUUUCUCACCAAGAGGUUUAUCAGCGAAUAUGACCCCAAUUUGGAGGACACCUACAGUUCUGAGGAGACUGUGGACCACCAACCUGUCCACCUGAGGGUCAUGGACACUGCAGACCUGGACACCCCCAGAAAUUGUGAGCGCUAUCUGAACUGGGCCCAUGCCUUCCUGGUGGUGUAUAGUGUUGACAGUCGCCAGAGUUUCGAGGGCAGCAGCAGCUACCUGGAGUUGCUGGCCUUGCAUGCCAAGGAGACACAGCGUGGCUACCCUGCGCUACUGCUGGGCAACAAGCUGGACAUGGCUCAGUACAGGCAGGUCACGAAGGCUGAGGGCGCGGCUUUGGCAGGCAGGUUCGGGUGCCUGUUUUUUGAGGUCUCUGCCUGCCUGGACUUUGAGCAUGUGCAGCACGUCUUCCAUGAGGCAGUGCGGGAGGUGCGACGAGAGCUGGAGAAGAGCCCCAUGGCCCGGCCCCUCUUCAUCUCUGAGGAGAAAGCCCUGUCUCACCAGACCCCGCUCGCGGCCCGACACGGACUGGCCAGCUGUACUUUCAAUACUCUGUCCACUGCCAGCCUGAAGGAGAUGCCCACUGUGGCCCAGGCUAAGCUGGUCACUGUGAAGUCAUCCCGCGCCCAGAGCAAGCGCAAGGCACCCACCUUGACCCUACUGAAGGGCUUCAAGAUCUUCUGAGGACCCAUCUACAAGAACAUUGGGCUUGGCUGAUGCUCGGGGUGCAGGGCAGGAGCUGGUUUGCCCUCUGAUGCACCAAGGGCCCUUGUGCUCGGUAGAUAGUAGACUCCACCUCCAAGCAGUCUCUACAUGCUCACUGUGUGAGCCAGGAGAGCAGGCAGCAAUGCUGCUGAGUCCUCCAGGCCUUGGGCUCCAGGGUAACUUCUGCGUCCGCCACCCUGGAGAGAAGCUGCCCCUGUUGCAAACCAGAGACCUGGGAACAGUUGCAAGCAGAAAGGAACUGCGGUGCAUAUCCUGUGUGGUGAAUCUUGCCUGCUCCAGCCACUGCCAGGCCAGCUGCAGCCCCUGUUCAAAGAAGCUUUGUUUAUGUGAAGGCUUUUAAGUCUAUAGGAUGGCUGACCCUGAGGUCCUACUGCCACCUGGUGGUAGAAAGAGGUAGGGCAGCUGUCCACCAAAGCUGGCGUCUCCCAUGUCUUCUGUCUUCUCAAAACCCCAGGCUACAAACCUUACAGUUUAUCCAAGAAAAAUUCAGUUAAGAUAAUCCUAUGGGAAAGUCUAGAUAGGGCAAUGAAAUCUGGAUUGGAGCAUUUCACCACUUGCCUCUCGGUGAAGGGUACAGAGAGAGGCUGUAGGUUGUCCAGGCUAGGAAGCCUCCAGCUUUUUUUAAAUCAGCAUUUGGGGGGCUCUUGUGACCACCUUAUUAGUAGACCCCCCCAGGAUCACUCUUCUUGAGGUUAAUGAUUAAGGCUGCAGAAAGUCAUUCUACCCAGUGAUGAUCCUCAGGGAGUCCGCAGCUGGCGGGAGCAGACACCCUCGGGUGGGCACCAUUGGCCUGGUUUGGUUGGACCUCGGACCCUCAGCAAUUGGUAUGAGUGUUCAAAGCCCACUUUGGGAAGAUAGAUCCCAAAGUGUUUGGGAUUAAUAAGUUGGAUUUUUGCAUAAGCUUAGUGUUUUACCAAGUCUCAGAUCUGAGAAGACUGUCAUAGGCAGGGCUACAGCUGUUUUUCACCACAAACUCUAGCUGAGCUGGUUCAGGAGAGGCAUUAGAAGGGCUGAGCUGGGCCGGGCAGUGGUGAUGCACACCUUUAAUCCCAGCACUCAGGAGGCAGAGGCAGGCGAAUCUCUGUGAGUUCGAUACCAGCCUAGUCUACAAGAGCUAGUUCCAGGACAGCCUCCAAAGCCACAGAGAAACCCUGUCUCGAAAGGGGGGGGGCUAAGAUGGGCAUCCUAACCUAGGAAGCCUGCUCCUUCCAUUCCCAGCCAACAGAAAUAUCUCUAACCCAGUCUUCAGCUCUACUCUACAGCUGGAGACCCUGAGGUAAGGGGAGGCUGUGAACCACUCAAGAGCAUGUGCUGGCCCUGCAUCCUGGCCCCGAGUGCUGGCUCUGCGUCCCGAUCAACAGGCCAGCUCUGAGCCUUGCAUUUUUUUUUUUUUUUGCGACAGGGUAUCUCUAUUAUGUAGCUCUGGCUGUCCAGGAACUCACUAUGCAAACCAGGCUUGAGUUGGAGUCACAGAGACCCACCUGCCUCCGCCUUCUGAGGCUUCCACCACCCACGACUGAACUUUGUACAUUUGAUCCAAGCCACUUGAGUGUGCUUCGUAGACCACCAUCGUUUGAACCAACCAUACAAUCCCAGCUGCCCUCCUAGAGAAGCAUUUUAAUAAAAGACUUUUUUAACAAUGAA